AUGUCGACCUCCAAAAGCACACAUUCCGACAAAGAUGUUACAGCCGAGACACCAUCCAACUCAAGAAUAGAAUCGCUGGUUCACGACGAUGGCAGUGACCCACUUGGCGCCGAAGGCAGCAACGACGACCUCUUCGACCUCGUCGAACAACACAACGGCACCGCGAAGGGGUUAAUUCAGCGCAUAUUACCGGUCGAAUGGAUGCGAGAUGUGGUCAUUUCGGUGCACGACUCCACUGGUCUCUCGUGGGCAGCAACUAUUACAUCUCUUACGGUGCUCUUCAAGGAACAGCUAAGAGAAGCGCAGAAAACAGGGAAUGUAAAGCUGGCGAUGGAGGUACAGAGAAAGCUAUACAAACAGAUGACCAGGAAGACAUUUCUGAAAGGGGCUGCGCUGCAAGUCAUAGCUGCUGGCACACAAGGAUUGACGUUCGCCUGGGUUUACGGCGGCCUGAAGAUGUUUGCCAUCGAACCCAGACACUGUUCAGAGUUCGUACUGGAACAUCCUUUCUGGUUGAACAGCCUGGCGCUACCUGACCCUUACUACGUCUUCCCCGUCACGCUGUGGUUCUUGAUGACGCUGGUAUAUGAACUCAACAGAACGACAGCAGAGAAAAUGCGGUUGUCAUCAGGUGCCGUAAGUGAGGCUAUGCGAGAGCAGGAGCAGCGACAGGUCAAGCUGAAAUAUUUUACGAGGGUGGCUAUCGGAGUAUUCGCUUAUUUCAGCUGUAGCAUGACUGCAGGUACAUUCUUCUAUCUGAUCCCAUCGUUUCUCUUUCAGACAAUUCUGAGAUAUCUAAGCCAGAGUGUCUACGUGGCAAAGGCGCUAAGGUUACCCAUACCAGCACCUCCACCAGUGCAGAAGCCAGAAACCAAGCAACUACUGAGGGUGAAGGGUUUCGCAAAAUAA